GUUAAAUCAAAACAAACAAUUUUUUGUGUAUACGUUUUAUAUUUCUAUUGGACGGAAUAUCGGACGAUUGCCUUUUAAUUAAAUACCAAUUGAAAUCAUUUAUCGGCUGGAGGCAAUUGAUUAAGUGCUGUUUUGAUAUUUGAUCGAAGAAGACCAACAAUUGGUGACUGGGAAAUAAAGAAUUUUGUAAUUUUUUAACUGAAACCAUAUGUGUGCGUGAAUUUAAGUGCUAAAUAGUGUUAUAUUGUGUUAAAAAACGCGCCGGAAAAUCGUAACUACAGCUGUUCUAACAUCGCGUGAUUUCGCGAAAGUUCCUCCGGCGAUGACGCGUGACGUGUACAACGCACGUGCUCAUUAAUACCGAAGAGACAGGCUAUCUCCCCUUUCGUUCCAGCUUCAAACGUGACAUUGAACUGAAAGUUGUAAAAAAUAACGUAAUCAUAGCGUGAUGCCUUUAUGUUUGGCGAUUAGUGACUGUUGAUACCGUUAUCACGCCACUUACGGCUCGAUACAAGAUAUGCUGUAUUAGAAGUUAGAUCGUCCAUCUAUUUGACGGUGAUUAUUGGAGACUGAUCGAUCGCGGAAUCAAUAGAGGGAUCAAGAUAUUAGUAUAAGUGAUAAUUAAUUAGUGUACAUAACUGAUAAGCCUAUUAAGGAAGAGCAAAUGUCUGUUAAUAAUCUACAAAAUGGGCUACACAAGGGCGCUGAGAAGCCUAGAAUAUUGGCAGAUGAGGAACCAAAGAAGUGUGAUGUGUCAGGCAGUGUCAUGGAUGGCCUGAUUCUUGACGUGAACGAAACGUCGUAUACAGUGUUCAAAACUAGAUGGCUCAUGCUCGGAUUUUUCGUGUUGAAUUCAGCAUCUAAUUCGUUACAAUGGACGCAGUAUACGAUAAUAUCGGACAUUGUGGUGGAUUAUUAUGGUGUCUCCAGCAAGGUGGUGUCUUGGACGUCUAUAGUGUACAUGAUAACGUAUGUGCCCUUGAUAUUUCCGGCGAGCUGGCUCUUGGAUAAAACGGGUCUACGUGUGACGACGAUCAUCGGUUCGCUCGGAACAUGCGCGGGCGCAUGGCUGAAGGUGUUUUCCGUGCCCCAGGAUAUGUUCUGGCUAGGUUUCGCUGGACAGACUGUUGUUGCGAUCUCUCAGGUUUUCAUCCUGAACGUGCCCCCCCGGCUGGCUGCUGUAUGGUUUGGGGCUGAUCAAGUGUCCUCCGCGUGCAGUAUUGGAGUUUUUGGUAAUCAGCUGGGAGUCGCGCUUGGCUUUCUACUACCCCCGAUGAUAGUCCGCGCACAAGGCACCACGGAGGAAAUAUCAGAAGACUUCAAGUUUAUGUUUUAUCUCGUCGCCGGCAUCACCAGUGUUCUCUUUGUACUAAUCGUGCUCUUCUUCAAAGCAGCCCCAGCAAGUCCUCCCUCAGCUGCAGCCGACCUUGGUGCCGCUCUCGACUCAAACUUCCUGCAGUCUCUGAAGAAAUUGAUGACCAAUCGCAAUUACAUCCUUCUACUGAUCUCGUAUGGGCUGAACGUCGGCGUAUUUUAUGCUAUAUCUACACUACUUAAUGAACUAGUGCUGAGAUACUAUCCUGGUGCAAACGCAGACGCAGGUCGCAUUGGUCUUGUGAUAGUCGUCGCUGGUAUGAUCGGUUCCGUAGUCUGUGGUCUCAUACUGGACAAGACCCACCGCUUCAAGGAGACCACGCUGGCUGUAUACGCCGCUACUGUGGUUGGCAUGAUCGUGUUUACCUUCACGCUGGACUGUGGAUAUAUAUCUGUGGUUUACUUCAGCAGUAUCCUUCUUGGUUUCUUCAUGGCGGGCUAUCUCCCAGUGGGCUUCGAGUUUGCUUCUGAAGUGACUUACCCGGAGCCUGAAGGAACUACAUCUGGAAUUCUGAAUGCUUGUGUCCAGGUGUUCGGCAUAGUCUUAACCCUUCUGUUCGAAUGGAUGCUCAGCGAGGUAGGUGACCGUUGGGCCAACUUAACCCUCUGCGCGAUUCUAGCAUUCGGCACCGCCAUCACGGCGGCCAUACGAUCCGAUUUGCGCCGACAAGCCGCGCAGAAUAAAGGUUAAAAUGCCGCGAAAACUAGGAUGGGCGGGUUUUUUUUCCACAGAGUAUUAAUAAGUUCAAAACGUAAAUAGUAUUAUGUGUUAAUCGGAAUCCAUUUUAAAAGACAAAGAAUCAAAUAUAUUUUUAAUAUUAUUGACCGUUUAUAAAUGAGAUUUGACAAAUUUUAUUAACUUUAACACCCUAACAGCUUGGCUUUGCUUAGCUAGUAUAAGCUCAAAUAUUUAUGUUUUCAAUUAUGACGCUGUAGGGCUAUACGUCAAUAUUGCACGGGAAAAUAUAAUAUCCAUUGAGUAAAUAGAAAAAAAAAUUAUCUUUAGAUUUUUAGCGACGUGGAUAUUUAUACUCGAAUUUCAUAGGAUAGAGUAUACAUCUAGUUGAUAUUGUAUUGACCAUAAUAUAUAACAAUGACAAUAAAUAUGUGUCUCUAUGUACAAUUAUAUAUCUAAAGUUUUAUGUAGAUUAAAGUUUUUGAAUAAAUAACGAAGUUUUCGAUUAACCAUUGAGAAAUUGUAUAUUUCUGAAAUAGUUGGUGUUUUCGAUGUUUAAUGUUAAAUGUGAUACGUUUAAAAUAUAACGUAGAUUGUUAAAUGACGACAAUACAAUAUUUUAGGAAUAAUACAGUUUUAAGGAACUUCAAGCAUAUUUGUUGAAAUUAACUUUUUGCGAUAUUUAUUUUGAUCGAAUAAUAUUUUAUCGUAUAUUUGAUGAACUAUAUCUCUAAUAGUACCUAUUAUGUUUAAGUAGAAUACGAUUCAACUAAGACUAGGAACGUCAGAAUGCCAUAUUAUGACGUCAUAAUUGUAAUACCUACCUAAUUGAAACUUGAAAAUAAUAAUAAAAACCAUGUCUUUAAAAUUGUUUUUAGUGUCAGAUAAAAUAAAACAAACCUUUAUCGUUAAAUGCUAAAGGAUUUCUAAGUAAAUAUAUUUAAUUUCAAAGUGACAUUUAAAAAUGUCAAUGACGUUCCUGUUCUUAGUUGAAUCAUAAAAUAAGCGCAUAACGUGUCUUUUACAAUUUUUAAUUACAAAUAUUACAUUAAAAGUAAUACAAAUUAAAGUUCAAACAAAUGAAUACUUUUUCAUAUACAAUAUUCAUUAAUGGACGAUGGGCCUAAUAAAUAUUGCCACAAGUCACAAUAUCAAAGAAGCUACUGGUUUGUAAUAACGGAAACUAUCACGUGAACUUAAUAUUUGCUUACAAGCUUUCUUCUCAUAUCAGCAAAUUCAGUUUGAAUUAAAAAUGUGCAGAACAAUACGUAAAUUAAUAAAAAAUAAAUAAAUAAAUAAAUAUGUAUCAAUAAUCGGGGAAUCAUAUUUCUGAGCUAAUGGUUGGGAAAUAUGAAGGCUUCAUUUACACUUUGCUCGACUCUUCCAGCCUUUCAUGUCAUUACAUUUUUAAUAAACUAAGACUAAAUUUCCACGUGAUUUCGCGAUUGUACCAAUAUACUCGUAUUAUCAAUUUCAAAUAACAGUUAUCAUUGCAAUCAGUGUUUUUCUAUAUUAAUUGUUCUAUAUUGAUAAUAUAACUAAUCCGAUACGUAAACCUUUGAGUGGUUGACAUGAACUUCAGUGGCUAAUCAGAACCUCGGUUGAUAUUAGUAAACAAUCUUAACAUGUUAAUAAACUAUUAUUAACCUUCCCUUGACAAAAAAGCAAUAAAAUGCAAAAUCGUCCGAUUUAAAGGCUGGAUUGCUCUUUUGAGGCUAAAGAGUCAAAAAGUAGGCUGCGUUGCCAGAAAAGGGCUAAAUUCUAUAGAGGGGUUAGAAGAGGGCUAAGGUAGCAACACUAAUUAGAAUGCUGUUUGACCACGUUAUGACAAUUUAUGAAUGGCGCGAAAUAUAAAUUUUCGUCACAGAUGACUAAUAUUUGACUUGAAUACAAUAUUUGAAUUACGUAUACAAUGAAUAAAAAGGCCUAUUUAUUGCACAAAGCAUAUUAAAAAUAACUAUUUUGUACAGAUGAUGGCAAACCUACGGUCUACAUGAUAAUUCAAAUAUGACAAACUCUCAAUUCUCAGUGACAGGUUCGGUUUCAAGUAAUUUUAAUAGAUGCAUUUAAAAAUUAGGCUCUUUAUCAUAAUUUAAAUGAGCGCUUUUUCUGAACGCUAAGAUAUAGUUGCUGAUGAUUUUAAUAUUACAUAAUUUUCAAUACGUAAUAUAAUAAUGAUCGAUGUUUGAUUAUAAUAAUCCAAAAUAAAAUUAUAAAUAAUCAUUAUGAU